CUUUUUCAGAAACAUUGUUCGCUAGACUGAAUAAUUAACCAUGUUUUUGAGUCCCAAAAAACUAAUGAAACUGUAGCAGGGCGGUCUAUUGAUUCCCGUUGGUUUCCCACUGUACUCCGAACACCCAGUGACGCCCGCUAAUGAAGCGCCACCUGGUCUGUACAUGCAUCUCAGGCCCGACAUGAAUGAACAAAUCCUGCCUGGUUAUUCAGCGUUGAUGGAGAAAAUAACCAUACGAAGAAACUUUAUGGCUUUAACUCGAUUACGCUCCAGGUCUGAGAACUGAAGUCCUGACUUAUCAACUGCCAGUAUGAGGAGUUUAUGAUCAGUGUUACACUUUAAUAUUCGUUGUUUCCCGUAUUCAACAGUGUUGGUGUCCUAAUCGUCGAAGACAGGCCAGCGCCGCUAACGUGUGGCAGAGAACUAUUGUCGGUGGGACGAAUCCAAGAUUUUCCUGUUUAUGUUUGAAGGAAACGAGAACUGUAAAAACCGUCACAAAUGGACAUCUUUGCCAUAAGGAGAUACAUUAGAUUCCUGAUGUUUUGCUGUUUCACGUGCACCGUUUUAUAUGUGUAUAACAUUUCCCCAUUGCUGAGAUUUAGUGGCAUCCAUCAUGUGACUUACUUCCUAAGAAACGGUAACGUCAGUUGGCCAAGCACCUGCUCCUACCACCUGCUUCACGACAUAGACCCAUCCGCCUCAUGCAUGGAAUCCAAGUGGUUGUGUGACGAGCAUGCCGGGGUCAGUGACGUCAUAUGUCGAUGGUUCCGCUCACAGAACAAAUCGAGAGAAAACAUGACAUGUCUUCUACCAGAAAGCAAAAACCUUGACGACGUGAAUCAAGAUGGCGGCAGCCUCGUUCCUAAAAUCGUGUACUACGUAUCCAUGGGGAUAAGAGAGCCGACUUUCCUGCACUAUGUAAGUUUUUUGAGCGCAAAGAAGUUUGUGGAGCCGUGGGCUAUAUACGUAGUGAGUGAUGUGACUCUGUCGGGACAGUGGGCGGACAAAGCCGAGAAGGAACUGGGGGUCAGGGUCAUCUACAGGCUCCCACCAAAACGUCUCAACAACGUCACCGUCAAGCAUAGGACCCACAUGUCCGACAUCAUUCGGCUGCAACUGCUUCUAGCCAAUGGCGGAGUGUACCUGGACCUGGACAUGGUGGUACUGCGGUCUCUGGACCCACUGAGGGUCCAUGACAUCACACUUGGUCUCCUUGACAACGGAACGGGGAUGGGUAACGCCUUCAUUGCCGCCAAGAGACACUCCCCCCCUUCAUCAACAGAUGGUACAAAGAUUACAGGAACUACACACUGAUGCCCUACAAUGCGAACUCGAUGGCCAAAGCUAAGCAACUGUGGCUGGCCAACCCCACAGCUGUCAACAUGGAAACGAAGAGACUAUACAACCCAAAUUGGUUUGAAAGGGACGGCAUGUUUAAUAAAACUAACUUCAACUGG